AUGGGUGUGUUUGAAGAAACCAUUCAAUAUCCUAUUGCUCGUAGAGAUGACUCCGUUGUUGACAACUAUCACGGCGUUAACAUUCCCGACCCUUACCGAUGGCUGGAGAAUCCUGAUGCAGAACAAGUCAAAGAGUUUGUACAAAAACAGGUUGGUUUAACGGACUCAGUGUUGAAGACAAUCGAUGUUAGAGCUAAACUUGGUGAUACGAUAAAAAAGGUCUAUGAUCAUCCCCGUUAUAGCGCUCCUUUUAAAAGAGCUCAUAAAUACUUUUACUUCCAUAAUACCGGUCUUCAAUCUCACUGCGUCCUUUAUGUUCAGGAUAGUUUGGAGGGUGAAGCAGAGGUUUUGCUUGAUCCCAAUGUUCUUAGUGAAGAUGGCACCGUUUCCAUUAAUAGCUUCUCUGUUAGCAAAGAUGCUAAGUUUUUGGCUUAUGGACUCAGUUCUAGUGGUAGUGAUUGGGCCACUAUAAAGGUCAUGCGUGUUCAUGACAAAGUUGUUCAACCAGAUACUUUGUCCUGGGUCAAGUUUUCUUCUACUAGUUGGACACAUGAUAACAAAGGUUUCUUUUACAGCCGCUUUCCGCCUCCAACUAUUAAGGAUGGAGAAGUAGUACAUGCUGGGACUCAGACUGAUACUAAUCUUUAUCAUGAGCUAUGUUAUCAUUUUCUCGGUACUCAUCAAUCACAAGAUAUCCUAUGCUGGAGAGAUCCUCACAACCCUAGAUAUAUGUUUGAUGGAACUGUCACUGAUGACGGAAAGUAUGUUAUUCUGAUCAUUGGAGAGGGGUGUGAUCCAGUCAAUAAAAUAUAUUACUUCCACUUGUCCAAACUUCCUAAUGGUUUGGAAGGUUUUCGAAAUGAAAAAUCCUUCCUCCCUUUUGUCAAGCUUGUUGAUCAAUUUGAUGCAAGUUAUGAAGCUGUUGCAAAUGAUGACACUGUUUUUACAUUUUUAACGAAUAAAGAUGCUCCAAAAUAUAAACUAGUCCGGGUAGAUUUGAAAGAACCAAUUACUUGGAUUGAUGUUAUCCCAGAAUCUGAAACAGGUGUACUCAAGUCAGCAUUUGCUGUAAAUGGUAACCAACUGAUAGUGAGCUACUUGAGAGAUGUGAAAUAUGUUCUGCAAGUAAGAGACUUAGAAACAGGUUCCCUGCAGCAUCAAAUACCAAUUGACAUAGGCACAGUUAGUGAGAUUUCUGCACGGCGUCAAGAUAAUGUGGUUUUCAUUGGCUUUUCAAGCUUUUUGACUCCUGGUAUCAUAUAUCAGUGCAACCUGGGGGGAACACAGAUUCCUGAUAUAAAGAUAUUUCGUGAGAUUGAGGUCCCUGGGUUUGAUCGCUCAGAAUUUCAGGUCAAUCAGGUUUUUGUGCCUAGUAAAGAUGGAACGAAGGUGCCGAUGUUCAUUGUUGUGAGAAAGAAUAUAACUUUGAAUGGUUCACACCCUUGUUUGUUAUACGGAUAUGGCGGUUUUAACAUCAGUCUUACACCAUAUUUCAAUGUGAGUCGUAUUGUCAUUGCAAGACAUUUAGGUUCUGUUUUCUGCUUAGCAAAUAUUCGCGGUGGUGGAGAAUACGGAGAAGAGUGGCAUAAAGCAGGAGCCCUUUCAAAAAAGCAAACAUGCUUUGACGACUUCAUUUCUGCAGCUGAAUACCUUGUAUCUGCCGGUUAUACCCAACCCAAAAAGUUAUGCAUUGAAGGUGGAAGCAAUGGUGGACUUGUUGUUGGUGCUUGUAUUAAUCAGAGACCUGAUCUUUUUGGUUGUGCAUUGGCUCAUGUCGGUGUUAUGGACAUGUUACGGUUCCACAAAUUCACUAUAGGUCAUGCUUGGACCACAGAAUUUGGCUGUUCUGACAAGGAGGAAGAAUUUCAUUGGAUAAUCAAGUACUCGCCAUUGCAUAAUGUCUGGAGACCAUGGGAACAAGAUCCAAAUAAGUCAAUUCAGUAUCCAUCAACAAUGCUAUUGACAGCUGAUCAUGACGAUCGUGUUGUGCCAUUGCAUUCAUUGAAGCUAUUGGCGACCUUGCAGCAUGUCCUUGUGACUAGCCUGGAUAAAAGUCCUCAGACGAAUCCUAUAAUUGCUCGAAUUGAAUGCAAUGCUGGACAUGGAGCUGGGCGUCCCACACAGAAAAUUAUUGAUGAAGCAGCUGAUCGGUAUGGUUUUAUGGCAAAGAUGUUAGAGGCUCAUUGGAUUGAGUAG